UUUCCAGUGACAGCAGUUAGCUCACUCGCAGCGAGCCCGAGCUGCCAGCUAGUCUGUGGAGAGGACAGCCAGCUGACGCAGCAGAUAGCGGGUAGUAGGAACUGGGUGUGAGUCUAUCUAAGCCUUCAGUGAUUAUUGUUAUUAUUCACAAUGAAGAAAUUAAAAAGCCCCACAUCCUGACGUCUACAUUUUGGUCAAUGACCAUCUGUCGCAGUGUCGGUGACUGACAUGGACGCUAGUGACAAUAAGGAUGUGAAGCUUUCAGCCGAAGUGGAACCGUUCAUCCCACAGAAGAAAGGUCUCGAACGAUCCCUAGUCAGCAUGAGUCUUUCUGGAGAGGCAGGAGGAGGAGGAGGAGGAGGAGGAGGAGGAGGAGGCGGCGGAGGGGUGGAAACUACUCCCAUACCCAGCUACCUCAUUACCUGCUACCCUUUCGUUCAGGAGAACCAACCCAACAGGCAACAUCCUAUGUAUAAUGGAGGGGAGCUGCGCUGGCAGCAGCCAAACCCCAGCCCUGGUGGUUCAUACCUGGCCUACCCCAUCAUGUCUUCACCCCAGCCUCCGGUCUCCAAUGACUACACGUACUACCAGAUUAUGCCUGCUCCAUGCCCACCUGUGAUGGGCUUCUACCAGCCCUUCCCUGGCUCCUAUGCAGGUCCUGUUCAAGCUGGAGUGGUCAACCCCGUCUCAGCAGAUGUCAGUGAAAGGCCACUGCCUCUGGGGCCAGCAUAUGGGGUGGCCAGUCAGAGGGGGAGAGGCAUGGUCCGACCUAAUGUUCUCCCAAAGCAACAGUUAGGUGUGUGCCUGGCUCCAAGGGGUCGCCGGCCUCCGACCAGGAGCGUAGCUGUGCAGAAGGAGGUGUGCACCUUGGGGCCUGAUGGUAGGACCAAGACAGUCAUGUUGGUGGAUGCAGCACAGCAGACCGAUUUCCAAGGUGAGGUGUCAGGCCGGUGUGCUGCUGAGCGGGCUAGUCCCCUGCUGUGGAAGAACCGAACAAAGAGAAGACGGGCGUCCCAUCCAUCUGAAAGCUACGAGCAGGGCGCCAGUGAGGCAGAUAUAGACAGUGACAGCGGCUACUGUAGCCCCAAGCACAACCAGGCGGCAGGGCUAAUGCAACGGACAGCGGAGAAUUCAGUAGCUCCAGCAGGAGUAGAGGCUGGUGUAAUGACAACAGGUACCUGGGUGAAUGUAGCCUCUCAGGCUACCCCGAAGUCCUGGGGGGACAGGAACGGUCAGUUUUACAGAGCAGACCAGAGGAAGAAUCCUGAACAGAGAAAGUUCUCACAGGAUUUCCACAGUGGCUAUCCAGGGCGUAUGCCGCCCAACCAAUCAGAACAAAGGCUGCAGUCAGCAGUGGCCACUGAGCUCACCCCAGAGCCCCUGUACUUUGAGGAUGAAGAUGAGUUCCCAGAUCUUGCUACUGCAGGGGCUGCCCAACGCUACACCAGACCAGAAUCUACUGCAGCGCAGACACAUGCGCAACCUAAACUGCCCAAACACCUGCUGGAUAACCUGCCAGAAAACUCUCCUAUCAGCAUUGUGCAGACACCCAUCCCCAUUACCACCUCUGUUCCCAAGAGGGCCAAGAGCCAGAGGAAGAAGGCUCUGGCUGCUGCUUUGGCCACUGCACAGGAGUACUCUGAAAUCAGCAUGGAGCAGAAGAAAUUGCAGGAGGCGUUCACCAAAGCAGCAGGGAAGAAGAGUAAAACCUCUGUCGAGCUGGACCUGGGAGACAUGCUGGCAGCUUUGGAGAAACACCAGCAGGCUAUGAAGGCCAGACAACUCAACAAUACCAAGCCACUGUCUUUUACAGUUGGAACUACCACUCCGUUCCACAGUUCAGGCUUGACCAGCUUACCGUCCAUGUUGAAGGUUAAUCAGCAGCCAUACUCGGCCCCACACAACUCCCUGGAUUCCACUGCGCCCCGUAUCAAGAGAGGGAAGGAGAGAGAGAUCCCUAAAGUUAAACGGCCAACAGCCCUGAAGAAGAUUAUCUUGAAGGAACGUGAAGGGAAGAAAGGGAAGACGAGUGUAGAACAAGAGUCUUCAGGCCAUGAGGAGCAGGGCGAUCAGUGUUUACAAUUUACUGAUGAUCUGGCACGAGAGCCCGCCUCCCAAGAAGACAAUGGUCUGAGUAUGCCCAGUGAUGCAUCCCUUUCCCCGGCCAGUCAGAACUCUCCGUAUAGCAUCACCCCAGUGUCCCAGGGUUCUCCAGCCAGCUCUGGCAUCGGCAGUCCCAUGGCCUCAAACGCCAUCACCAAGAUCCACAGCCGUCGUUUCAGAGAGUACUGUAACCAAGUGCUGAGUAAGGAGAUCGACGAGGGCGUGACUAUGCUGUUACAGGAACUGGUUCGCUUCCAGGAGCGCGUAUACCAGAAGGAUCCUACCAAGGCCAAGUCCAAACGCCGCCUGGUCAUGGGUCUCCGAGAGGUCACCAAGCACAUGAAGUUGAAUAAGAUUAAGUGUGUCAUCAUCUCUCCCAACUGUGAGAAGAUCCAGGCCAAAGGUGGUUUGGAUGAAGCUCUAUACAAUGUAAUUGCAAUGGCCCGGGACCAGGAGAUCCCGUUUGUGUUUGCCUUGGGCAGAAAAGCUCUUGGACGCUGCGUCAACAAACUAGUGCCUGUCAGUGUGGUUGGCAUUUUCAACUAUUCUGGAGCUGAGAGUCUCUUCAACCGUUUGGUGGCUCUGACAGAAGAGGCUAGGAAGGCCUACAAGGACAUGGUGUCAGCUCUGGAGCAGGAGCAGGCUGAGGAGGCUCUGAAAAAUGACAAGAAAGUCCCACACCAUAUGGGGCAUUCCCGCAACCACUCUGCUGCUUCUGCCAUCUCCUUUUGCUCCAUCUUCUCUGAGCCUAUUUCAGAGGUCAAUGAAAAGGAGUACGAGACUAACUGGAGGAGUAUGGUGGAGACUUCAGAUGUCCUGGAGCCUGUGGAGGCUGAGCCGAGUCGCCCUGCGCCUUCCACCGUCACCCAGAAAGACAGUGAGACCCCGGCAGCCACCACCAGCACCGCCCCGCCUGCCCCCACUGCUCCCCAGCCAAGGGCAGCGCUUCCGACACUGAUACAGGGUACCAGUGAGAGAGAAGAGGUGCGGGUUGACGACCGGCUAGAGCUGGCCUCUCAGCAGAGCACAGAGACGGGCUCAUUGGACGGGAGCUGCAGGGGCCCGCUGAACUCCUCCAUCACCUCCACCACUUCCACCCUGGUCCCCGGGAUGUUGGAAGAGGCGGAGGAGGAGGAAGAGGAGGAGGAGGACUAUACUCCUGAACCGAUUUCUGUUGAAGUGCCCACCCUCAGCAGCCGCAUCGAAUCCUGGGUGUCAAAGACCCUGGAAAACCUGCAGCUGGGAAAGAGCCAGGAGAGUACGGAAGAGGAGGAGGAAGAGGAAGACGAGGAGGAGGAGAAAGUGCAGAGUGAAGAGGAGGAGGACCUCGAUUCAGUGGACAUCACAGAGACGAGGACGGAGGACAAAGAGCAAGUUGAGGUUAAGAAGAUCACCGGUUGAUGUCUCCUCCUCCUCCCUCUGUUCUUACAUACAUUCAUUCCCUCUGUCCUCUGUUGCUCUAACAUCCCUCUUCACAGCAACCAGCAACUUUUCUCCUUUCUCUCUAACCCCUGACACCAGACAUAAUCUCAGGUAUCCAACCAACUGACCAACACUCACACGCAUCACAGAGAAACUGACCAACUUACCAACUCGCAGACCAAACAACGUCUAACACAGUCUGAGGGGUAGUAAUUGACGCCAAUACUCAUCUUGUAGUUUUAAAAGGAUACCCUCACUUCUUCGGCCCAUAACCUGCUACACUUGAAUUCAGAGGGAAGUUUUUGACUUUCCUCCUCCAAAGCUGAACUCUUUUAGAGUCGGGGACGUUUCUGGGAGCAAGUGAUGAGUGCUAAAAACUGCGGUCUGUAGCUCACAGAGGAGGAAGGUUGGAACCUUUCAGCUCCCAUCUUACUUCAUACAGAGCUCAGAAGGUUUACAGCUCUGCAAGUAUUUGUGCGUGUGUGCGUGCGUGUGUGUGUGCGUGUGUGUGUGUUUACAGGCACAUAGUUAGCAUUUAUUUUUGCUGUGUUCUUUAGCUUUAUCUUUGUAAAUAAUGUGUGUUUUUUUCACCUGCUCCAUGAGGGAAGGAGAGACAUGCAUUUCUUAAUUAAUUCUUGGUUGGUGUUUAGCUUCACUUACAGAAUAUGACAGUGUCGGGGGAGAAUAAUGUCUUUCUACCUAAAACCACUCCCACUCAUCAGUCUUCAGAGUGUUUUUUUAAUGUUCAAAUAAGUGUCCCAUUCUGGAUUCAGAUGAUUAACUUCUAAGAAGCAAAACAAGCUUUGUGUAUAUAACCUUGUCUAUGUGGUUCUACUACAGUAUAUAAUGGUUUGUCAUAUUGAUCUUGCCUAGUGUGCAACUAUUUCCGAUGUUUUCCCCUGACUGGAAUUGUCUUGAGUUCCCAGAUGCUGUCUCUGCGUCAUAAAACAAAUGCUCCUGUUUGAUUCUCUGUGGUGGUGUUUGUUGUCUGGUGGGGGUGGGGGUGGGGGGCGCUCUCAAGCUGUCACUUGGUAAUGACCAAAGUCCUUCCAUCCAGAAAGAUGAAAGAAUCAAGGUACUGGAAAGUUGCUCCAUGUCAUUAUUUUGUACCAGUGUUAACUGUAUUUUUUUUAAUAAAUGCCACUAAAAUCAAAUUAACCAAUAGGGCAAGUGGGUGUUUACUGGUAUUCAUGAAGUUUAACAAUGCCCAAGUUGACAAAAAAUCUGAUAUGGUUGCUUACAAAUAAAAUCAAUCCUUGUAGAGCUCUUCCAGAUUUUGUCCCCGCCUGAAGUCAGUUCACCAAAGCUGAGAAGCUCCUUCACAGUCAAACAAGUUGUCACAAAGUCAUGCGCAUACUAAUUAUAAACCCUUGUAAAUACAAGUGUACAAAAGAGAUUUUGAUUUUGCAUUGUAUUAAAAAAAAAUUCAAUCAUCCUGUACUUAAAGCCAUUUGAUAGUUUUAACAUUUUAACAGUUGGAAUCCAAUUCGGUGAAUCAUAGAGAGAUUACAGCCAGUCGAGGGUGAUGAUGCGGGAUGUGUAAAUGCAGUAUGCCGGGCUGUAUGCAAUGUGAAGCCCUGAGAUGGGAGAUGACAGUAUACUGAAUAUCAUACUUGGGAUUAUGAAAGUAUUUCCAGUUUGAUAACCCUGUGUGUAGGCUUUUUGUUGCUAUGACUUCCAUCAAAGUGUUUUUAAGUAUGUUAAUUGACAGCAAGUGUGUUUCUUUGCACUAUGUAAAUACAGUACUGGUAAAAGGUCUUGUAACAAAUGUGAACAAAAAACAAAAAAAAAAAAAACGGUUCAAUGAAGUACUUUUUUCAGCGUGUUCCUCGUCUUUAUAUGGAUAUUUAAGACCGUCUCCUGCAGAUUGUACAUCAUUAGCAACAUUGUUAUAGGCUGUUUCUCAUAAUCAUGUUAUCACUCUUAACCUAUAUGAACUGAUGAUUAACAUCAUUAAAAUGUUUAAGUAAA